AUGGCAAGACCAAGACAACGUCGUAAGAUAAAAAAUCCUUCACUUAAACUUUCUAGGAAAACUUCAAAUAAACAUUUUAAAAAAAUAGUUGUCCAUGGAGACCCUAUAAUAGCUUCAAAUUGGAAUAAAAAAGAAACUCUUCGUCAAAAUUAUAAACGUAUAGGGCUUUUAACAUCACUUAAUAGAGUUGCAGGUGGUAUAGAGAAAUUGUAUCCAGAUAAUAACGUGAUGAUGAAGGCAACAUAG